GUGAAAAGUAACGUAUAUAUUGUGUUCGAAGGACCUGACAGGAAAAAAAAGCACUGUGCAAAAAUUAAAUGAACGAUGCCCAGUUUUACAACGCUGCCUAUAAAAGGAAUACUUAUAUCAACAUACUUAAGCUUGUUUGGAAUUGUCCAAGCAAAUGCGGUCAAGACAUGUGUGUGUACAACAACAUUAACUACAAAGCAAUUAUCAUCGCCUACUUCAUCGUCCUUACCUUCAGGAAAAGUCUCGACAUCUUUCCCCCCGCUUUCACCUGAGACAUUAACACCACUUCCCACCACAAUGAGCACGGAAUCUACAACAUUGUCUUCGGCAACAAGUAUGAUGCAAACAACACCGUUAAUAACAUCGAGCAAGAAGUCUACAAACCAUUCCACAAACUCGGGUGCAACGUCUCUGACUUCCAAUAUACCGAGCACAAUGUCAAGUGCCUCUUCCACAGCAUCGGCCGGAACGUCAAUAGAUCGAUCCGUAACAUCUAGCAUAUCAUCUGCGACGUCAAAUAUUCCUUCCAUUUCACCGAGCACAACGACAACAACUUCUUCUUUUACAUCGAAUUCAACCUCGACAGCUUCUUCAACUGCAUCGAACACAAAGUCAACAGCUUCUUCCAUUAUAAUGACCGCCAUGUCAGCCAUUAUAUCGAACAUGAACACAACAGCUACUUCUACUGCACCGAUUAUAACCUCAGCAACUGAUUUUUCUACAUCGGCCACAAAGUCAACAACUCCUCCCUCUGCAUCGACUUCGACGAUGACAAUUCCUUCUACUACACCGAACACUAUUACAACAACUCCUACCACUACAUGGAACACGGGAACAAAAGUUCAUUCCACUUCAUCGAACCCGAGCACAACAGCUCCUACAACUGCAACGAACAUGUCAACAAUAACCUAUUCCAAUACAUCAAGCACGGUAUUGAGCUCAGAUAGAUCAGUAGAUCGGAAAAGAAGGGCAGACUUAGAACGGUCUUCUGUGUCGACAUAUGGUUAUUCUUCAGGGUUUCUCGGACCGGACGGUAUUUGUAUAUGCAGUUCAACUUCAGAACAAGUAUUCUCCACUGCGCCUAACACUGAAACUGCUAAAGUAUUAAGCCUAGAUACAGUGCCAGUAAAAGUUCCACUUGUUGUUAGUAUCAACAAAAAGUUCAGUCGAGAACUAUUGGAUAAAUCAUCGAUGCUGUAUAAAAAAUACAAGUCAGAAUUUAAAUCAAAGCUUGAAAACACGUAUAAGUCUAUGGAUAAUUUUGUUAGAGUAGACAUUCUAGGAUUCAGAAACGGAAGUACUGUAUGUGAUUAUGCAGUUGUUCUUCGACCCGGUAGUGUUGUGUAUAACACAAGCAUACAGAAAAAAACAGAUACAUUAACCAAUGUAAAAAUUUUCAACGAAACUUUGCGACCACAAAAUGUAUCAAUAGUUGAAGUUUUUCAGGAGCUCUACCGAAACGAUUCAUGCAUAUCGGUCGACUGUGGAUACGGAUACAGAUGCACCAGCGCAACUUCUACAUUUGUGACAUGUGAACAUAUGUGUUCAAGCUGGAAUAUGUGUAAGAAUGAUGGGCUAUGUUUACUAGAUGACCGACAUGAACUACCUUUUUGCAGGUGUAAAACAGACGAUUAUUACACUUACAGCGGGGAUUACUGCGAGGUUAAAAAUGAAAAGUUUGCUUUGUCAAAAACAUACAUUAUUGCUAUUGCUGCAGGAUCCGGAGGUGGUUUGCUUACUAUACUAGUUGUUAUACUUAUUGUUCUUGCACUAAAACGGAAGUCUAAUGGCAACAACAAACAGAGAGAUGACAGUGUCAGCCAUAUGAAACCAGUUAGUAUGGACGAUCUCCGCCUUGGUCGGAUGAAUGACUCUCGUUCAUCCUACGAAUUUCUGCAUCGCCCUAGGAUACAUGCCUCCGAAAAUCAAUACGAGUCAGGGGUACCCGACACAAAAUAUGUACAGAAUCGAGAACACAGAGUCAUGAAAGACAGCAGAGGGGAAGAGACCUACAUAUACCAACCUUCAAGUUACAUACAUCCAGUAUCUAGAACACGGGAUGGAUCAGCUUACAGCAAUCAUAUAGCAGGACCGUCCGUUUAUGACUAUAUGGAUACGGAAUCAAAGUUUGAAAUUCAACGGCCAAACAUUCGCCUUGGAAAAAUGAACAAAUAUUAACAACGUGCUUCUACUGUCACUGCACCAUAUCUCACACAUGAAGAGAAUUCUUCUGAAGCAUAAAACGUUACCAAGCAAAAUAAUAAUAAACUCGGAGACUGUUCAUGAUAGGUACUGAAAUAUGAAAAAUCCGCCUUGGCACAUGCUUAUAUACCGGUGGACGUCUGUUAUAUAUCUGUUCUUCGAAAAAAGAACUGUACAAUUUCUUAUAUCUUUUAUUUAUCUUGUUUUAAUAAAGAAUUAACUUCUACAAUAAUAAUAUGCUUGUUAUAGAUUUCAGCUGACGAAUUUGUGCUUGCCAAGUUUCUUCCUCCAC